AUGACAUUUGGUGUAGGAGGGCCAUCUCUCCUUACUGUUUGCUUGCUGGCUACUUCAGUCAGUAGUGCCGUAUUGCAAGCCUAUACAUGGAAAAACGUAAAGACAGGAGGUGGAGGAGGUUUCACUCCCAGCAUCGUUUUUAACCCGUCAGUUCCCGGCGUUGCUUAUGCCCGCACCGAUAUUGGAGGCCCAUAUCGCCUCAACCAGGAUGAUACAUGGACGCCUCUGCUAGAUUCGGUAAAUAAUAGUAACUGGCACAACUGGGGAAUUGAUGCCCUUGCCACAGAUCCGGUAGACACCAAGCGCUUGUAUCUUGCUGUUGGUAUGUACACAAAUGAUUGGGACCCCAAUCCUGGCUCCAUUUUGCGAUCAACAGAUAGUGGAACCACAUGGCAGGAGACAGUGUUGCCAUUCAAAGUUGGAGGAAACAUGCCUGGUCGUGGCGUCGGAGAGCGUCUUGCGGUCGACCCCAAUAAAAAUAGUAUCGUCUAUUUUGGAGCUAGGAGCGGACAUGGCUUGUGGAAAAGUACGGACUAUGGUGUUACAUGGUCCAACGUCACUUCCUUUACCUGGACUGGUACUUAUUUCCAAAACGCUAGUUCAUCCUAUACUGCAGAUCCCGUGGGAAUUGCGUGGGUGACAUUUGACACAACUUCUGGGACCAAAGGGUCUCUAACACCAAGAAUCUUCGUCGGUGUUGUCGAUACUGGAAAGUCAGUCUUCAAGUCUGAAGAUGGUGGUGUAACAUGGGCUUGGGUUUCGGGAGAGCCUAUGUAUGGAUUUCUUCCACAUAAGGGCAUCUUAUCCCCAGUCGAAAAGACAUUGUACAUCUCAUACUCCAAUGGCGCCGGCCCUUACGAUGGUACGAAUGGCACUGUACACAAGUAUAAUAUCUCGACAGGCGUCUGGACCGAUAUCAGCCCAACUCCAAUGGCCAGCACUAACUAUGGAUAUGGAGGUCUAGCUGUUGACUUGCAAGUUCCUGGUACUGUUAUGGUGGCGGCCUUGAACUGCUGGUGGCCCGAUGAACUCAUAUGGAGAAGCCUAGAUUCGGGUGCGACAUGGUCCCCAAUCUGGGCUUGGAAUGGAUAUCCCAACCUUAAUUACUACUACAAUUAUGACAUUUCGAACGCCCCCUGGCUGCAAGAUAAUACUUCAACGGCUCAAUUUCCAGUUAGUGUGGGAUGGAUGGUUGAGGCGCUAGCAAUCGACCCGUUUGAUUCAAACCACUGGCUAUAUGGUACCGGAGCGACUAUCUACGGUGGCCAUGAUUUAUUGAAAUGGGAUUCCAAUCAUAAUGUUACAGUGAAGUCACUUGCUGUUGGUAUCGAGGAAAUGGCCGUGCUUGGUCUUAUCUCACCUCCAGGAGGGCCACCCCUUCUAUCCGCUGUGGGAGACGAUGGAGGCUUUUAUCAUUCCGACCUCGACAAAGCGCCGAACCAAUAUUUCCACGAUCCUACUUACAGCUCGACGAAUGGGAUAGAUUACGCUGGCAACAAGCCAUCUUACAUAGUGCGUUCUGGAUCAAGUUCAACUUUGCCUACCGUUUCAAUCUCCACUGAUUUCGGUUUGACAUGGUCUGCCGACUAUGCGGCAUCGUCCAGCACAGUGCCUGGAAGCGUUGCCAUUUCUGCUGAUGGGGAUACUGUGCUUUUAACAUCAACAACAGGUAGUCCUCUCAUCUCGAAAUAUAGCAGUAGUUUCAGCACUGUGUCUGGUUUGCCAUCAUCAGCAGUAAUCGCAUCCGAUAAGUCGAACAACACCGUGUUCUACGGAGGACAUGCGGGUAAUUUCUAUACAUCUACUGAUGGUGGUGUGUCAUUUACCAAAACUGUUAGUCUUGGCUCUAGCGCUGCUGUUAAUACCAUCCGGGCUCAUCCAUCUAUCGCUGGCGAUGUCUGGGCUUCAACGGAUACUGGGCUUUGGCAUUCAACAAAUUCGGGCUCGACUUUCACGCAAAUAGGCAGUUCCUGCACGGCUGGCUGGAGCUUUGGUUUUGGUAAAGCGGCAACUACGGGAUCAUAUCCUGUCAUAUUCGGUUUCUUCACUAUUGACGGUGUCACUGCCUUGUUCAAGACUGAGGAUAUUGGUGUUAAUUGGCAAAUGAUUUCUGAUGCUACGCAUGGAUUUGGCUCGUCAUCAGCCAACGUGGUCAAUGGAGACAUGUCCAAUUAUGGAAGAGUCUUCGUUGGAACCAAUGGAAGGGGGAUUUGGUAUGGAGAACCUAGUGGCAGCCUACCAUCAUCAACAGCGUCUGGGACAAAAACAUCAGCAACCGGUAUUACUUCAUCUACAUCAUCUAUCACGAAAUCGACUUCUGCAACCAUAACGACCUCGAGCAUAAAGUCGACCUCAUCGUCAACUACCCGUACAUCUUCGGUCGUAACAACCACCACAUCAGGUACCAGUGCUACCGCGGCACCGUACGGUCAGUGCGGUGGUUCUGAAUAUACAGGUCCAACCGUCUGCCCUAGUGGAUGGACCUGUACCUUUUAUAAUGACUACUAUUCUCAGUGUAAGAUUUACCACUCAGUUGCACUUUAA